AAAUGCGCUCUAGCAGGAGCCCAGGCGCUUCUGCCCCGGAGCGCCGCCGGGCUGGAAACGCCGAGAUAGAGGGGAGUGAGUUUGCUGCAGCCCCAGCCCUGCGCUGUCCCGCAGCCCAUGACUCCCGGGCUCCGGCGCCGCCUUCGCAGCUGCAGCAUCCUUGAGCUUCGCCAAAACGGCGUUGAUGAGAAACCACUCAGCUGCCUCCGCGGCGGGGAGCCAUGAGCUGUCUGGAUGUUAUGUACCAGGUCUACGGUCCCCCGCAGCCUUAUUUCGCAGCCGCCUACACUCCCUACCACCAGAAACUAGCCUACUACUCAAAAAUGCAGGAAGCUCAAGAGUGCGCCAGCCCGGGCAGCAGUGCCAGCGGGAGCUCCUCAUUUUCCAACCCAACCCCAGCCAGUGUCAAGGAAGAGGAGGGCAGCCCAGAGAAAGAGCGCCCGCCCGAAGCUGAGUACAUCAACUCCAGAUGUGUCCUCUUCACCUACUUCCAGGGGGACAUCAGCUCUGUGGUGGACGAACAUUUCAGUAGGGCCCUUAGCCACCCAAGCAGCUACACCCCAAGCUGUACCAGCAGCAAAACACACAGAAGCUCUGGACCCUGGAGAGCAGAAGGCACCUUCCCGAUGAGCCAGCGCAGCUUCCCCGCCUCCUUCUGGAACAGCGCGUACCAGGCGCCCGUGCCCGCGCCACUAGGCAGUCCUCUGGCCGCCGCACACUCGGAGCUGCCCUUUGCCACCGACCCCUACUCUCCCGCCGCGCUGCACGGCCACCUGCACCAGGGCGCGGCCGACUGGCACCACGCGCACCCGCACCACGCGCACCCGCACCAUCCCUAUGCGCUGGGCGGCGCCCUGGGAGCACAAGCCUCUGCCUACCCGCGGCCAGCAGUGCACGAGGUCUACGCGCCCCACUUCGACCCGCGCUACGGGCCGCUGCUCAUGCCCGCAGCCACUGGCCGCCCCGGCCGCCUGGCCCCUGCCUCGGCGCCGGCUCCCGGCAGCCCUCCCUGCGAGCUUGCGGCCAAGGGCGAGCCAGCGGGCGGCGCAUGGGCUGCGCCCGGGGGACCCUUCGUGAGCCCCACGGGGGAUGUGGCCCAGAGCCUGGGUCUCAGCGUGGACUCAGGUAAGCGGAGGAGGGAGUGCAGUCUCCCCUCUGCCCCUCCGGCACUGUACCCGACUCUGGGCUAAGCUCUGGACGCGCCCACCCCGACCCCCCCCCUCCCUCUACCCCCCAGGACCAUGUGGCUGAGAGAUUGCAUGCCAUCAUUUGUUUCUACGGGUAGAUGUCUUUAGAAAGUAGCACCCUGCCCUCGGUCUGGCUCGGUGGUACAGAGGACUCUUUUUGUUCUUUGAAUAAAGUUCAGUCGAAAAGAGAAAGAUGGUAGUCUGAGCUGGUCAAAAUUGUAGCCACUAAACACACGUGACUACUGAGCCUUUGUGGUGUGUGGCUAGGAUGAAUGGUGAUGUGGUCAGACAUAAUACACACUGGAUUUCCAAAACUGAAAAAGAAAAUAAUGUAAAACCUCACCUCCUUAACAUUUUAUACUGAAUUUGCAUGUUCUAUUAUGUCCAGCGGUUGCCUAUUGGUUAUAUUGAGUUAAAUAAAAUGCACUAUUAAAAUGC